AUGGAUAAAAUACGCCCCUCUUAUUUAGUUUCGUCACUUGUUCCGUUAUUGUUUCGCCUUCAAUACCAAAUGAAUUUUCUCGUCUUGUUACUCUUCCUGUUGUAUUUUUUCCAAUCAACGAUUACAUUCAAAGUUCCACCGAGAGGACGUUGCCACGUGCCUACUGGCGGAGACUGUUACGGCUGUGAUUGCAAGAUGCCAGCCACUUGUUACAAGGGAACAUGCCGAUAAUGAAUUAAAAAUUAAACCACUGUUUGAUUUUCUGAAAAUUGUUAUUGAAAGGAUAAAACACUGGUAACAAAA